GUGAGGCCGUUCAUUUAGCUCGGGAUUUUGGGUACAUCUGCGAAACGGAGUUCCCAGCCAAAGCUGUUUCUGAGUACCUGAACAGACAGCACACGGACCCCAGCGACCUCCACUCCAGGAAAAACAUGCUGCUUGCUACAAAGCAACUUUGUAAAGAAUUUACAGAUCUCUUGGCCCAGGACAGGACGCCCAUUGGGAACAGCCGGCCCACCCCUAUUUUGGAACCGGGCAUUCAGAGCUGCUUGACUCACUUCAGCCUCAUCACUCACGGCUUUGGGGCCCCCGCUAUCUGCGCUGCCCUCACGGCCCUUCAAAACUACCUGACUGAAGCUCUCAAAGGCAUGGACAAGAUGUUCUUGAACAACAACACUGCUAACAGGCACACAUCUGGCGAAGGACCAGGUAGUAAAACUGGAGACAAGGAAGAGAAACACAGAAAAUGAGAGAGAGAGAGGAGGAGGAAAAAAAAAAA